AUGUCCGUCGAACAAUUGACAGCGCUUUCAACGGACUCGGCGGAUUGGAAGUGCAAAACUUGUACCGAUUCCAUAAAACCGAAGCGUUUAUCAUUCAUUGUUCCCGAGGAAGACGACAUCGAGGAUCAAAUCGAAUCCCCAUCUACAUUUGAUCCAAAUAAAAUAGGCACGCAGCAACACCUUGUGCAACAAGUGUUAAAGGAGAUUAAACAGGAGGUUAGAAAAAUUAUCACAGAAGAAUUACAGCGCACCUUGAAAUACUAUUCGGAUAAAAUCGAUGAUUUUAACGCAGAAAUGAAAAAUCACCAACAUAACCUAAAAAUCAUUGAGAACCAGUGCAUAGAUGUAAAAAACAACCUUAAAAAUAUAAGUCUAAAAUACGAAAAGCUUGAAAUUAAACUGCAACAAAUGGAACAAGAGAAACUAGCCAAUCAACUAGAAAUAUGUGGAGUUCCGGAAAUGGAAAACGAAAAUCCUCAGGAAAUUGCCUCAAAACUAGCCACUGUUCUAGAGCAGAAUCCACAAAACAUAAUUAAAGCGUAUAGAAAACGGCCAAAGGCCAAGAAUCAAAAGAAUACGAAACCUGUAAUACCAGCUAUUGUAGUGUGUCUGCGAGAAGGAGCCAGAAACCAAUGGCUGAAGACAGCAAAAUCCAUCCCGCUAUCCACUACACACAUAGGACGAGAGGACAGCGACAAGAUGUAUCUCCGGGAAGUCUUGUCACCUAACACAGCAUAUCUGCUAUGGAAAUCCAAAGAAGAAUUAAAGCAACUAUACUCCUACAUCUGGUGCAAAAAUGGUGCAGUCCUGAUUAGGCAACAUGAGAAGAGCAAGAUUCUCAUGGUGCGCUCAGAGGCAGAUAUAGCUACAUUAAAAGGAGCCCAAAAAGUCUUCGAUAAACCGGUUUGA